GCCGAUGUUAAUUCGGAUCAUCUUAGUUCAGUUGAAAUCGAAAAGUUAAAAGAAAAAUUAAGCCAACUCCAAAUUGAAAACGCGAAAUUACGCACAGAAAAUCAAAAAUUGCGUAACGACAUGAAUGGAUUACUCAAAGUGCACAAGGAGACGUGUCGACUCUACGUUAACAAAGAGAUAAAGGUCAAUGUUCUUGAGAAAAAAAAAUUUCCCCAAGACAGUCGUCUCUUAUACGAAUCUUUUGAAGAUGAAUUUGGCAAAGAGGUUAUUAUUAAAUUGCGCAAAUUGCAAAAUAGUAUUAGCAGUGACUCCACUCUAAUUUUGAAUUGCGUUAAAAGUCUCUUUCGAAACACCGAAGAACUCAAAUCGAUGUCUGCAUGUGGACAAAACAAAAAUGUGCAAAUGCCACGAGAAAAACGAGAAAAGCUUGAUGCUAUUUUUUUGGAACGAUUAUCAAGCAUUGAAAUGAAGGAUGACGAGAGAAAUAUGCGCUAUCACCGUUUAAACCGGCUCAUUAACACAGCCAUUGGAAAUAUUUUAAAAGCGCAGAAGGGCAAAGAAAUAAGCAAAACCAAGAAUACUGAAAUCAAUGCAAGCAUUCAUAACGAAAAACCAGCCAAUGAGGUCAAUGAUGAAGCAAAAUAUGCCAAAUCAUCGCAGUCGAAUGCAACAGCAAUCUUUGUCGACAAUAUUGCCGAUACCAAGACCGAAAAUUCCGUUGUUCAUCAACAUGUCAUGAGAAUGGAACCGCCACCUCUUGUGCCGAUCGCCAGAAAACUUACAUUUGAUGAAUUUUAGCUCAAAC